UAGUCCAGCGUGGGCGCGCACGCACACACAGAUACACAUAUCCCCCCUGCUGCCAGCCUUUUCGGUCUUCCCUCCCCCUGGGCGGGGACCUGUCUACUGUCAGCUUAGGUUGAGGCUCCCUGCGUGUGUCUAUAACUUUGUGUUGCUGCUGCUGCUGGUUGUUAGGAGAAGGAAUGUGGAAGUCAGCAGUGUGGAGGGUGACAGGCUGCCCGUGCGAGCUGCAGGAGCAGCAGCAGCAGCAAAUGCCUAAACCCUUCUUACGCGCAGAUUCUUCGCUUUCUCUUUUCUGUAUUUUUGGAAGACGGGCAAAAUUUUGCCUUCUCCCCCAUCGUUUUUAAAGGGAAGGUGCCGCGGUAGACACAGGAACUAUGCAACGGGGUUGCUGCUUUUCUCUCCUGUGACUCCGGAUCUGUUUUUGAACAAGCUCAGGUUCUUCCCUUUCCCCUCCCCUUGACUUUGUCUUUCUCUCCCCCUCCACCGUCUUCCCCAAUCCGCCCUCUCCCCCUCCGUUUUCUUUCUAGUGUUUUUAAAGGACUUGAGUGAAGAGGGGGGGGGGAACUGUCAAGAUGGCAGCAGCAGGAGCAAGAAGGUUAUGAAUGUGUUAGUACUGGAUCUUCUCACAGCCUUAGGGGAGACUUGAAGCUUCCAGACCUGUUGGAAGAUUUCUGCUUUGAUUUGCUUUUUUUUUUUUUUUUUUUUUCUUGAGAGGCAAACGACGUCAGCAAGAUCAUUGCAAAACAAAACACCAAAGUGGCUUUUCCUUGCCCAGUUCAUCUUCUUGCGAAAAGCCUCCGUUUCUAGUCUUUUGGUUUUUGAAAGUAGCACGGACUGGCCUGGCCUGAAUUUAGAUGCAUAUUAACCCUCCCUUGCCUUUGGGUCGAAACGAGGAGGGAAAGAGAACUGGGGAGAAAAGUCAUUGUGGUAAUGCAAGAUCCCAAAUCUCGUCUCUCGAAGCAAGAAAGAAGCCUGAGCUGCUCGCAGAUGGAUACAGUGUAAUUUCUGUGGUGUGGUGCCUCCUCGUCGGUGGGAGGGUGGGGGUCCGAGAAAGAUCGGAAGACGCCACAGACUUUCUCUCCAUUGCCACUGAAGGAAGCACUUCUGCAAUCUGCAUGGAGUGAAAUAUAAACAAACACACACUCCCAGUAGCAGAGCAGGCACGGAGCUGCACCACUCAACUGCGUUUGGCUGCUCCUUGCUUUAAAGGGACAACCCUCCCUCCCCAGUACCCUCCUCCUCCACCUCCUCACUUCCCCCUCACCCCUCCCUCUCCGCUCUUACCCCACCCCUCCCCCUUCUCUCCUCCGCCCUACCUUCCUCCCUCUUCCACGCCCCAGCCACCUUGUCCAGGAGAGACCUGCCUAUCUGACCGCAGCUGGGGGAGGGGGUUGCCCCAUCAGUGCCUAAUCCUCCGAUUGUCCCCACCCCCACCCUCCCGCACCCUCAGGCGGCGGCUGCUUAGGACUGGGAGUCGCUCGCUCAACCAGGUUCACGGGAAGGGACGUUUCCAGGUCUGCUUGUUCCCCUGGCUUGGCGAGGUACUGAUCUGAGAAGAGGAGGCGGCGGCGGUAAAGGUCCGCCGAGGACUUCAUUCCAGCUCAGGAUAACCAACUCUGUCCCCCAUUUCCCUCCCUUUCUCCCUCACCCCCCAGCCCUUCUUCCCCCUCAGACAGCGAUCCUGAUCCCUUAGCCUGUUCUUUCCCCCCUCUCCUCCUUCCCUCCCCCACUUUACCCCGCCCCAGCGAGAGAGCAAGGAGGAGAACCACCGCUCGAGCUAGAGAGCGAGCGAGGGAGAGAGCGAAGGAGCGAGCAGCAGCAGCAGGCAAAAGGCAGCCCAAGGGCCCGGGCGGCGAAGAUGGCAGAGGCGCCGUCCUCCCCGGCCCCGCUCUCGCCGCUGGAAGUGGAGCUGGACCCGGAGUUCGAGCCCCAGAGCCGGCCCCGCUCCUGUACGUGGCCCCUGCAGAGGCCCGAGCUGCAGGCGAGCCCGGCCAAGCCCUCGGGGGAAGCGGCCGCCGACUCCAUGAUCCCCGAGGAGGAGGACGACGAGGAAGAUGAAGACGGAGGCUGCGGAGCCCCGGGGGGCGGCGGAGGAUCCGGCAUGGCCAUGGCCUUGGGCGGCGUGAGCGGCGUCCUCGGCCCGGGACUGCACCCCGAGGAGGCUGCCCGGCUCCUGGCUCCUGGAGGGCAGGACUCGGGACCCGGCGCGCCCCCCGGGGCAGGCGUGCUGAGCGGGGGGCAGCAGGCGCCGCUGCAACCUCCGCAGGCGCCGCUGUCGCUGCCCCCGCCGCCGCCGCCGCCGCUGCAGCCGCAGCAGCCGCAGCAACAGGGGGUGAGUGGGGCCGCGGGGCAGCCGAGGAAAUGCUCCUCCCGGAGGAAUGCGUGGGGAAAUCUGUCCUACGCCGACCUGAUCACCCGGGCCAUUGAGAGCUCCCCGGACAAACGGCUCACCCUGUCCCAGAUCUACGACUGGAUGGUGCGCUGCGUGCCCUACUUCAAGGAUAAGGGCGACAGCAACAGCUCCGCUGGCUGGAAGAACUCCAUCCGUCACAACUUGUCCCUACACAGUCGAUUCAAAAGGGUUCAAAAUGAAGGGACCGGGAAAAGUUCUUGGUGGAUGAUCAAUCCAGACGGGGGCAAAAGCGGAAAGGCGCCCCGGCGAAGAGCCGUCUCCAUGGACAACAGCAACAAAUACACCAAGAGCAGGGGGCGAGCCGCUAAGAAAAAGGCUUCUCUGCAGGCUUCCCAGGAGGCCCCGGAGGACAGCCCGUCCCAGGCCGCCAAGUGGCCCGGCAGCCCCACCUCCCGGAGCAGCGACGAGCUGGACGCCUGGACGGACUUCCGAUCGCGCACCAACUCCAACGCCAGCACCAUCAGCGGCCGCCUGUCGCCGAUCCUGGCCACGGCCGAGCUGGACGACGUUCAGGACGACGACCCGCCGCUCUCCCCCAUGCUGUACAGCAGCUCGUCGAGCAUGUCCCCGUCGGUCAGCAAGCCGUGCACCGUGGAGCUUCCGCGGCUGACGGACAUGGCGGGCACCAUGAACCUGAACGACGGGCUGACGGACAACCUCAUGGACGACCUGCUGGACAAUAUCGCGCUCCCGCCCUCGCAGCAGUCGCCGUCCUCGGGGCUCAUGCAGAGGAGCUCCAGCUUCCCGUACACGGCCAAGGGCUCGGGCCUGGGCUCCCCCUCGGGCAGCCUGAACAACGCCGUUUUCGGCCCCUCCUCUCUGAACUCCCUGCGCCAGUCCCCCAUGCAGACCAUCCAGGAGAACAAGCCCGCCACCUUCUCUUCCAUGUCGCACUACAGCAACCAGUCGCUGCAGGACCUGCUGACGUCGGACUCGCUGAGCCACAGCGAUGUCAUGAUGACGCAGUCGGACCCACUGAUGUCGCAGGCCAGCAGCGCCGUGUCGGCGCAGAGCUCGCGGCGCAGCGUCAUGCUCCGCAGCGACCCGAUGAUGUCCUUCGCCGCCCAGUCCGGCCAGGGAAGCCUGGUCAGCCCGACCCUCCUCCACCAGCAGCACCAAUCCCAGAAUCCUCUCGGGGGCAACCGUGCCUUGUCCGGCGCCGUCAGCGGCAUGGGCCUGAGCGAGACCAACAGCCUGGGCUCGGCCAAGCACCAGCAGCAGUCGCCCGCCAGCCAGUCUAUGCAAACCCUCUCCGACUCCCUCUCAGGGUCCUCCUUGUAUUCCGCGAGCGUGAACCUCCCGGUCAUGGGCCACGAAAAGUUCCCCAGCGACCUGGACCUGGACAUUUUUAACGGCAGCUUGGAGUGUGACAUGGAGUCCAUCAUUCGCAGCGAACUCAUGGACGCCGAUGGGCUGGACUUUAACUUUGAUUCCCUCAUCUCCGCUCAGAACGUUGUCAGUCUGAAUGUGGGGAACUUCACUGGUGCUAAGCAGGCCUCAUCUCAGAGUUGGGUGCCGGGCUGAAGGACCCUUGAGGAAAGGGGGAAUGGGCAAAGCAGACCCUCAAACUGACACAAGAUCUAAAGAGGAGGAAAUAAAAAAUCCUUUGCCAAAUCUGCUCUCAGCAAGUGGACAGUGACACCGUUUACAGCUUAAUAACCUUUGUGAAUCAAUCCUGCAUCAUUUUCCUAAUCAAGCAGAGACUGUUAAUGGUCCCUCAUCCCCCCCAGCAAAGCUCCUAUUGAACUUGAGAACGUAUGCAAAAUCUUCCCUGUACAGGAUGAUGGAGCACCUUCUGUGGACACAGCACCCAACGCCUCUGCACCAUUUUGUCAGUUUUGACACUGUGUACUCUCUAACAGUAGUUCCCUGCCAAUGAUCAUGUGGUGUUAUAAUAUAGCAAUGGUUUAUGGGCUCUUUUAAGUUUUGGUUUUGUGUUUGUUUCUUGCUUCUCUCACUCCUGUGCCCAUGCAGUGUUUUGUUGUUGUUUUGUUGUUUUUUGGUUGUUUUUUAUUUUUUCUGUUAACUAGAUUCAUUCACCCUUUCUUUCCCUGUUAAGCUGAAAACUUUGGAAGGAAGUAGACCCUUGCCAGUAAUAUUCAUGCUUCUGGGAUUCCUCUGACUACAGACUGUCGAGUCAAAUAAUCUAAGCUACAUAUUCUUCUGUAUUUUGUCUGAUAUUCUCUCCUUAGAAACCUAACGAUGGCACAAUCAUUUUCCAAAAAAGAGAACAUAGCACAGGAGAAAUGAAGAACAAUGUGUCCGAUGCAGUGUUUUGUUUUACUUUUUUUAAAUUCUGAAUGAGAAGCUUCUUUUAGAGGGUCUAACCAAAGAGACCCCCAGGCUGAUACCCUAUUGUCUAAAUCAGGAUGGCCUGUGGUUUUUAUGGCUUGAUCCCCAUUCAGUGUAGUGGACCAUCUUUUUAUUGAGUGGAAACUCAGCUAUUUUCAGGAGAGAAUUAAGCUAAGAUGCCCAUUCAUUGCCAAAUACCACUUAGAAAUUUCUUCUUUUUUUAAAAAAGUGGACAGGGAGGAAAGUAGUUCUCUUUUGCAUUGAAAGUGAGAUAAACUUUUCACAAGUAUGGCAGGCCUAAAGUGGAUAAUCUAUAUGAAAAGUACAGAUCAGACUGAGAAAGGGAGGGAAUAUAAUUUGGAUGUUUCAUAUUUUUUUCAAAUGUUUCCUUGAUUACUUUCCACCUCGAUGUGUGAUCAGAUCUCCCAGAACUGUACAAGGGGAAGAGCUAAUACCCCACAAACUGAUUUUUUUUUAUAAGUUUGGAUUAUUUUUGAACAAAUGAAAUGGUGGAAAUGAAAGACCAUUUUAAACUUUAUGUUUAUUUUUUUAGUUUUUUCCAAAAAAAAUUUUUUAAGUUAAUGGUGCUGUAUAGUAGGUGCUUUCUGUUUAACCUGGAAAGUGUGAUUAUUUUUGUUAGUUUCUUUGGUAGGGAGGCAAGUUGGGUGUUCCACUGGUACAGGGAGAACCUGGUAAGAAUUAGUCCAGCAUUGGAUCACUUGUCCAGCUCUAUGAAAACUUUUUUCCCCAUUUUGGAUAAAAUCAUUAUGCAUAUAAAUGCAUAAGUAUAUUUUAUUAUGUAGAGUACAGAAAUGAAUAAUUAUGCAUAGGUGAUAAGAAUACAAACCUGUAUUCCAGCCCAAAGUUUCAGUGUAGAAGUUCUCACUGAUGUUGGUCCCAUGCAGUAUGUAGUGACUUUCUUCCACGACACACAAAAUACACAUGUACACCUGCCACCACCUACUGAGCACCUGCCACCAUUAUAUGUAUCAAGCCCCUUUUUUAUUUCUUUACAUAAUCUUGGGGGCUGAUAUUGGUAGCAAUUAUACCUGGUAUGUUGGGCAUUCCAUAUGGUCUCUUAGUGCCUCCCCCAACCCUGCCAUGCUUUUUUUUGUGUGUGAUGAUUCUGUUUGUUUUAUUACAUUUCACAAAAUUUGUAAAUGCUUGUGCAGUUGUGGUUAUGGUAGACCAACCUGGACAUGCCUUUUUUUUUGAAUAACUUAAGAUCUUGUCCUUUUGAUUGCAAAAGGUAGUAGUAAGUGUAUUCAAAAUGGUCAGUUUGUCAAUGGCAGGAACUUACUUCCUGUAUUCCUGUACCAUAAUGAGAGCUUGAAAAUUGUCCAAUCUGUCAAAUUUUGCUUGCUAGUCAUUUCUGAAAGGCAAAAGGAAAUCGGUGAAAGAGAAAUACUCCAUCUUCAUUCCUCUGUCCUGAAAGGACAAGCUAGCAGAGUGGGCCGGAGAAGGAGAAGGGGAAUGGUCUUUUUUGGGUUAUUUUGUCAGAUGACCUAAUGUAACUAGCUAGUGAUAAAGAGCUAUUAGGCUAUGUGAGAGUCCAGGGUACUCCAGCUAGAGAGCCUGAGAUUACAAUUCAAUUCCUGAGUUAUAAGGAAAUUACUUUUUCAUUGUUGCUCUAGACCCCAAGAGCUGUUUGGGGGUGAAAGAGGGCAGAAAGUAGGUCAGAAAAAAUAUGUAAAUAUGUUUAAGUUGGGGGGGAGGGAAGUCAUUUAGUUCCCUUCAGUUAUAAAGUAUCUCUUAUUCUCUACUUUUCCCACAUUUGGUGGGUUUUAAUCAGAGAUUAUUUUGAGAAAAUAUCUUGAACCCAGAUUAGAAUUUAAUCUAAGACAGUUUAAUGCGAGAAAGCACGGGAUCAGGGAGCUACAGAACUGAACAGGAAGUCUUUUUUUCCCCCUUGAUUGAAUGACUCAGUAAAACAACAGCUUAAGCAUGGGGGUGUUCUAAGUGAAUGAUUCCAGGAGGGCUACAAGAGGGGAAGGACUCAAGAACAGUGAGGAAGGUCCGAUCCCAUCUGGUUCUGGACUUUGAGUCCGUUCCUUUAGCCUCCCACAGGCUUGAACGUUCUCCUGAUUCUGUACUGUGUCUCCUGCAGAAAGGAGCCCCAGGAGCUAAAAGGCCAAAGAGAGAAGCUUGUUCCCUGCUAGUUUACCCGAGCUGGGUGGAAGUACCAGUUGUACUCAUCUCUCCCAAAAGACUAGACUUAAAGGAAAAGCUAGUCUGCUGUCUGCUCAGCCCAUGCAUCUCAUCUGGAAGCACCAUUACUGACUUCUGUGUCAGCUGAACAAAGUUUGAAAGCAAGCAGUGAACCCUGCUCUACUCUGGCUGUUUUUCAGAUGUAGGAUGCUAAAUAGAAAAUGCAAUUCCCAUAGGAGAUCUGAUCACUAGUAUCAGUCAACCUAAUUCCAAUCCUUCCCAGCCCUUCCCUUAACCCCAUUUCUAAGGGUAGUAUGGGGAGGGCUGCCAGAAGAGUAACUAAUAUUCCUAAUUAGACAUGCACUCUCGGGAACUAUUUCCCCUCUGAGACCCCAGACCCAAACACCUUUUACCAAAGUUAAGAAACAGCUUUAUUGCAAGCUUUCCCUUUAUGUACUCAAGUGCAGAAUAUGAGCUGCCCUUUUCAGGUUCAGGUACAUCCUUAGCAGUGAAUGAAUCUGAAAUUGUUUUUCUUUUUUUUUCUUUCAUCUACCAUAAUGUUAUUCUUGCUUUUUAAAAAAAAAAGUCAUUUGGUGGAUGUGUUAUUACUAAUUUUUUUUUAUUUUUAAAAAAAAAUAUUAAUCAGAGGGGAAUGUUUGGAUACAGUACAAAGCAGGCUUUGUGGUAUUAUGUGUGUGUUUGUGUGUGUGUUUUGAUUUUAAUAAACAUGUCUACUGCCUCUCCUCCCUGAGGAUGAAGCUCUUAGUGGCUCUCGAUAUUACCAGCAGAUAUUUCCCAUUCAUAGGGGUAAGAUUUCAAGUUAGUUAACAAUUUGUGUUCAUUGAACUAAGGAUGAUAAGGACAGAUUUAUCUUGUGCCUGAUGCAUCUCUCUCUUUCUCUUUUUUUUUUUAAUGGUCAUCAUUUGGGUUUCUGAAAGUCAACCAAGGCCAAAGUGGUACCACAGCCACUUAAUUAUUCCCCUCAGGAAUGUAAGGGAUUCAAUGGGGAUGGGUAAGGAAAAAGAAAAAGCAGUAGAAAAAUUCAGGUCUUCAGUCUUUCCCAAAACCAAAAUCAAAAGUUCUGCCUUUCCUUUAAAAAAAAAGAGUUUCUUCUAAUAAUUACACUCUGAUUAAGGAAAACUAAUCUUUCCAAUACUAAAAUUCUCUGAUUCUUAUUUUUUCUUGCAAUAUUUUGAGAAUAUGUAAUUAAGUAUGAUUUUUUUUUAAUUAAGAAAACCAGUUUGGUUUAUGGGGAGAUAAUCAUUGGCAAAGAGGUACGAAGUUCAGCAUCUCUGGGAAAAGGGGCAAAAAGGAAAAAAGACUAGUUUUCCUGAAAUCAUGUCCAUCAAAAAGAUCUUAUAGCAGAUACACAAGUUAUUAAAGAAUUUUAGUGUUAAUAUUUAAUACAUAAGCGCUAAGCAUCUAAAGUGGUAACAUUUAUGCAAUUUGAACGAUUGUGUAUUUUUCUUAUUUAAUUUUAUUUGUGAUUUUUUUUUCUUUUGUGAACGAUUGGUUAUGAGGCUUCUGCCUAACUCCAGAAAUAUUUGUACCAUUGCUUUAAAAAGCUAUAUGUUAGGACAUUUAUUUCUCUAAAAUUAUGUUAUUGCUUGGCAAUCAGUCUCCUCUCAUAUAAUUGUCUUAGUACAUGAUGUGCAUUGGAAAUGUAAACAGAUGUGGAGGACCAGAUAAAUUAGUUAAUAUUUGAAAAAAAAUGUAUUGUGCAUUUUGGCUUCACAUGUUAAACUUUUUUUUUCAGAAAAAAAAAAGUUGCAUGAAUGGAAAAAAAGUAUCUGUAUACAGUAUCUGUAAAAUUGUCUUUUCUGUUUUAGUUUCUUGCUAACAACCUGUACAAACUAGAAUGAUGUUAAACUCCUGUCUUCGGUGCAUGGCCACAGUCAAAACAUCUAAGAGCUAAGAGGCUCCUACUUUUUCUUUUCGAGUGAACACUAUCCAUUUGCAUUCUCACUGAGGAUCUUGUAAACUCUGUGUUGCCAUGGAUUGACUAACCAACUCCAUACCCUAUCUCUUCAGGAGGAUCAAACUAUUUUUGAUUUGAGAAUCUUUCCAAACAAAAUAGAGAUGCUGUACUUAUUUUCCUCAGUGUUUAUCUGUAGAUAUCACCUUGUGUAUUCCAUUUUCAAUUGUAAUCUAGUUUGUAAAAGAGAUGGUGACCGCAUGUAAAUAAAGCAUAAUGACUCUA